UCGAGGUACACGGAUCAACGCCCUCUAAAUAUUAACUUGAGCCUUCAUCUUCUGGCAGUAGUACUGUACUGAGGAUGAUUGCAAUGCCCGAUGUGGGGCCCCGGACCCCCCCCUGGAGGUGGAGGCUCCAGUGGGGGGUCCUCCUCACGCUGAUGACCCUCAUCUACGGCUCCCACGCGCCGCUCAUCGCCCUCACCAAGGAGGACGGCCGGGUCCCCUUCAGCCCCUCGUCCUGCGUCGUCCUGAUGGAGGGGGCCAAGCUCCUGGUCGCCCUGGUCGCGCUGCUCCUGAACGGGGACGCGGUGGCCCUGGCGACGCCCCCUGCCUCGGGGCUGGUGGCUCCCUACGCCGUCCCCGCCCUGCUCUACGCGCUCAACAACAACCUGGUGGUUCUCAUGCAAGCCUACAUGGACCCGAGCUCGUACCAGGUCCUCAGCAACCUGAAGAUCGCCUCCACCGCCUUGCUGUACUCCUUCUGCCUGGGCAGGCGGCUCCGUCCCGUCCAGUGGUCGGCCCUGGGCCUUCUCAUGGGAGCCGGGGUGUGCCACAGCUACAGCAGCCUGCGUUCAGGGGACCUCGAGCAGGCUGCGGCCGACUCGAGUACCAGGCUUCACAUCACUGCCUGGGGCCUUUUCCUUGUGCUGCUGUACUGCUUUGUCUCCGGGCUGGCCGCCGUCUACACAGAGAGGGUGCUGAAGAGCCAGCCGCUGCCCCUCAGCCUGCAGAACCUUUAUUUGUAUGCGUUUGGUGUGGCUAUCAAUGGGGUUACCUAUCUCUCCAGUGAUACGGGGGAGAAGGGCUUUCUGGAGGGCUACUCGGGGGCUGUGUGGGCCAUCAUCGCGGGCCAGGCAGCCAACGGCCUGCUGAUGUCCGUGGUGCUGAAGCACGGCAGUGGGAUCACCAGACUGUUUGUCAUCUCCAGCUCCAUGCUGGUCAACGCGCUGCUGUCGUGGGCCUUCUUGGGGCUUGAGGUCACUCCUCUGUUUCUCCUACCUGUUACCAUGACAGCCUUUGCGGCUUACUUGUAUUACAAAUAGUGGGUUAGCUUCAUGAAGUCCCCCUAUGGCAUAAGGCUCGGUUUCAUUUUUCCUUGCUUUACUCUGUUAAGAUUCAAAUUGGUGUGUGAUCGUGUGUUUCUUUUUUUGUGCCUCUGAAAUGUUGGUUUUGUUGUUGGGUUUCAGCAAACUUUGAACAUCCUGGUUGAGCUGAUCAUUGCGGUAGACUUGAUUCUACUAAAAUUAAACACCCAAGUUGUUUUUGAAAGCAAAAAUAAAUAUCCUAUUUUAUGUAUGUCGUACGUCUAGGCUUGGUUAUUAUAAUAAUUGCAGUCAUUGCCUCACAAGAGGUAAAGCAAUGAUAACCCAGCUGCCAAUAUCUAAAAGUUUUGCCUUUUCACUAUUUUGUCUCCUUUGCCAAGUUGUCGAACAUGCAGUGCAAUUUGUUACGGAAAAUAUAAUUUUAAGCUAUCAAUGACUCAAUAAAAAUAUUUUGCGCUUUUA